AUGAAGGGAGGAGCGAAGUCAAAGGCCGAGCCAAACAAAGCCGAUAACAGGUUUGCGUACUGUUCCUUUUUUAUCUGCCUGGUGUGAUCUGUCUGAUCCAGAUCCCUAUUUUCGGGAUAUUAGUAUGCUUCUUUGCCGCGCUGGUCUGCUGAAGUUAUUUUAGGGGUUGGAUCGGUGGUGUUCAGCUUAACGUGCUACGGUUGCACGGUGCAGGCUUUCCGUGAAGAGGAAGGCUUCUGCGAGAACCAGCAAGAAGCCAGCGAAGAAAGCUGGGAAGGAUCCCAACAAGCCAAAGAGGGCGCCGAGCGCCUUCUUUGUCUUCCUGUAUGAUUUCUGAUCGCCUUAAUAUACGUCUACAUGUGCUGCCAUUGCUCGUUUUCAAUCGUUUCUAACACGGACACGAUUUGGUAUUUAUAAUGAAGGGAGGGAUUUAGGAAGGAAUUCAAGGAAAAGUAUCCAGAGAACAAAUCUGUGGCCGCCGUAAGUUACCCCACUUUUUUCAGCUGGAACUUGCAAUCAUUCAUUCUAUCAGCUGAUAUCUUCAAUUUUUUUUUCCUCUCAUACGUUAGAAUGCUUCACAUAAUACAGGUCGGUAAAGCGGCUGGAGAGAAAUGGAAGUCUAUGUCUGAUGCUGUAAGCCACCGCUAGAAACAUCAUUACUGAUACAUCAUUCAACGAUCGUCUACAAACGUGUUGUCUUCAUAUGUUAUUGAUCAGUCGGGCCACGUUGGUUACGAAUUGCAGGAAAAGGCCCCCUUCGUCAACAAGUCAAACAAGCGAAAGGCAGAGUUGCAGAAAAGCGUGGCCUCAUCUGAGAAGAAGCAGGUGCAGAACGAACUACUUGUGAAUACGCACUGGUUUCUCUAAUUACUCGUCGAUACCAACCAUCCUUACUAUUUCGUUUAACGUAUGCCAUUCGCUUUCGUGGACCUUGAUCGUGUAGGAGACCUCCAGUAAUGUCGUGGAGGAAGACGAGUCUGACAAGUCGAAGUCGGAGGUGAACGACGAGGGCGACGAAGAAAGCGGCGAGGUAGCCAUUCAUCCCACCUCCCUUUCUCUUCUCUUCUUUCGAACUCCAAACCUUUCGUUUGCCUCGCCAUUUCAAUUAAUAUCAAGUAAACGUGGGCACCAACUCUCGAACAUCUUCGACAGGAAGAAGACGACGAGUAA